AUGCGCAAAAGCGACUUCGUGGUACCGCAAGAUGCCGCCGUGUCCCCCCAAGAACAUCAGUUCUCUAUUAUCGGCCGUGGUGAGACUGUUCUAUUGCUUCUAGCUAGAGAUAAGUGGCGUCUGCUUCGUGUAGCAGCGAUGAGGAUUAUCAUAAUUAUGAGACAGAUUAUCCCCUUCCGUCCUUCCUUGAAACAGGAAUUUGCUAAUGUGCAUCCUGGAAUUAUUGCACACCAUGAAAGUGAUCCAAUGUCAAUCCUUCAAUGUUUCAAACUUUUUUUUGACAGUGACAUUGUUUCAUCACUUUGUUCCUGGACUAACACUCGUGCUACUCAUCAUUUUCGUGACAAUCCUACCAGUGAUCCACACAGAUUUGUUGGUAGGACGUGGGUCAAUGUCACAGAAGAUGAGAUGUAUGUGUUUUUUGCUCUGCAGCUGCUCAUGGGGCUCAACUCUCUACCCAAUAUUGCUAAUUAUUGCAACAUACUGUGUCAGGGACCACCUGUGUUUACAGGACGUGUAAUGAGUCGCAACAGGUACAUGCAGAUACUAUGCUUCCUUCGGUUCUCAGACCCUGAUUGCGUUUGCAGAGGCAUUCCCAUGACUAGACUUGAUGCAUAUUUCAACAAGUUGCGUGAAAAGUGCACCAUGUACUUGGACCCGGGUGAAAACUUCGCUGUGGAUGAGGCUCUUCUCUUGUUCAAGGGGUGUAUUUAUUUCAGACAAUACAUAAAAAACAAGAGAAAGAGAUUUAGGAUGAAACUUUUUGCACUGUGCCCCAGGUCUCUGUGUACUCGAGGGUACACAUGGAAUUUCUGCCUGUACACUCCUACCUUGUUUGACGAGAUGAACCAGGUGGGUGACCUUGCUAUGCUAAACAAGUCUGAGCGCGUUCCUGUGUAUUUGAUGGGCUCAUUGCUGGACGAAGGAAGACAUGUUGUACUUGAUAAUUGGUACUCUUCUCUCCAGCUGGCAGAAUAUUUACUGAGAAAGAAUACACCCACUACAGGAACGAUUCAGGCUAAUAGAGGAGUGCCUGAAAAUGUUACCUGUCAAAGACUUGCCAAGAAACAGGCUGUCUUUGUAAGGAGAGACAAUGUACUUGUGACAAAAUUCAAUGACUGCAAAGUUGUUCAUGUCAUGACUACAAAGUAUGAAGGUGGUUGUGUUGAAAAGACCCGUCAUUUUAGAGGUGGUGCUGUAGAGAUGGUAAAAAACCCACAGUAA